AUGGCAUUGCCUUUGCUGCCAAAAAAUUGUAUAGCUGAAGGUUUUGAAACUGUAAGGGCAUACUAUAAUGAGAAUGUGCAAUCAUUGAUUAGCAAUAAUAAUGAUUACAAUUUUAAAUUAUUAUUUGAAUAUUAUAGAACAACAUGGCUUGCAGGAAUAAAUGCAGAUAUAUUGUCGGUGAGUGACACCGUUUGGCGAACCAACAAUGUGUUGAAAAAAGGAAUUUAUCAGUAUUUUAUACUUACAAAGGAGCUAAUUACUUACUGGAAUGGUGUUUUCAACGAUUAUAAUGAGGCUACUGAUGGUGGACAACAUUUGGAACUGCAACUUCCAGCUAUUCCUGUGCUCCCUGCUACUGCUUUACCACAGGCACCACUACAAGAAGAACCAUCUUUAUUACCACUGAACGAUGAUCAGCAUCAGGAACUGAUUCGCGAUAAAAUAAUGAGAAGGAUUUUACCACGUACACCGGCAGUGCCCGUUCCAUGUGAUCUUUUUUAUAAUCUCGAUGCUGAUGUAGAUUAUUCAGAUGAAGAUGUGUCUAACGAACAGUCUGUGAUACCAUCAGUUAUUUACAUUGUACGUGUAGAUUUGAUAAUUGUACCAAUAGUAGAGGAAACAUGUUACAUAUGUCUGUACAGUCCACCAACAGUAGUAGAGUAUCCAUGCUUACACCAAAUCCUAUGUGGAGCUUGUCAUGAUAGCUAUUCAGAAAUCUACUAUAUUAUAUUAACGUGA